CUCCCUCCCGGACGCAGCUUUCUACGACUCUAGCAAAACGAGUAUCUAGAUAUUAAACGGAACAAGACUCAUCCAUAUAGCUUUUGCACGAGCUUAACUUGAAGAGAUGAACAUGAACGGCCAACACAAUAUGGCUCAUGAUGAGCUUGCCGCUAUGUUCUACCGUAACAUGACUCUACAGCAGCAACCCGUCCCGGACCAGCCCAUUGAGUCUACUGAAGCCAAACCAGAGCCAGAACCAGAGCAGGAGCAGGAGCCCAUCGUCUAUGCUUCUGUACACUACACACAUUCCGCUCACGUUGCUCAUGAGCCUGAGCCUGUAGUCGAACGGGAGAGGCCGUCUUCCGAACCGCCUCAGUCCCGACAGCCCUCGGCAGAGGAUAUCCUCACUCACUACGGUGUCAAUCCUGCCACACUGUCAGCAUCCCAGAUGGAGCUUUUCAAGACGGCAGAGGACGCCCAAAAGGAACGCCUCAUCGAGCUCUGGAGGAUCUGCCCCCCUUCCAACACCCAGGAGAAUCCUGCUGUGGCAUGGUCCAACACUACAGUCCAGCAAGAGGAGAUGCUCGCUCAGCUACGAUACGAGAGACAAAUCCAAGAAGAUGCGGAAAAGCAGACUACCAUGAGCAUGGACGGAACACCCUUGACACCAGUCCAAACUGGACAGGGAGAAUGGUCAGGUACAAUUAACUACACGGAACCUUACAUGAUGUCUGGUUACGAAGAGAUGGCUCGCCGCGAGUACGAGGAAUCCGCCAGGCGCGCACACGAAGAGGCUGUGCAGAGGCCUAAGAACGUCUACAACCACUUCGGCAACGCAGCCGGAGGUCCUACAUAUCGCCCCUCGAAUGACCCUGUCUAUAACACUGACUGGGCAAUGCAGCAAGAGUUGAUGGAAAACCGGUACGGAGCUACGCAGAUGGGCGGAUGGGCUGGCGAUAUGGAGCUAUAGAGUUCAUUUCCCAGCUUAUGAGCUAGUUAAAUACACUCUUUUCAGAAAGAACAUAGGUAGAUAGACAGCGUCUUGGCACGGGCAUAUGCAUCGCAUCCGUUCGCAAUGAAUUUAUGGUUGGUAUCAGCGGAGCCAUAGGGGCUUCUAGGACUGCCUGAUGGGCAAUUAGUGCUGGAAUUGCACAGAAUCAUGUCAUGGACUGGAGUUGGUUGGUGUCUUUAUAGGAUUUUACUAAGCGUCUCCCCCAUCCGCCCCUUCUGUUGUUAGU